GCUGCGCGUGUGUCGCUGCCGUGCUGCUGGCGGGUUAGCCCGGCAGUCGUGCGCCCGGUGACAUCGGCGCGCCGCCGGCCGUGAGCGGGUUCGGUGCAGCGUGCGCGCAAGCCGCGUCCAAGCCAGCGACUGGACGGUGCACACGGCUGCGGGGAAGUGGGGCGCGUGUGUCCGGUUCCCCGGGCAACGCAGCGGUCAACGGACCGCACCCCGGGCCGUUGACAGCGACGCUGGUCCACUGUCGUGCCGCCAGCACGACCGACCGUGCCGGUAUGGCCAUCGUUUCAGAGGGUGGCGCCAUGCCGACUAAGCUGGGAGACCAGGCCACCACGCCCACCACCAAGCGGAAGAACGCCUCACUCGGCUUCUUCUCCAACAUCUUCAAGCGGAAGCGGGAGGAGCCGGACCCGGCACAGGUGGUGCACUCUGCCGGUGAAGAGCCGCCGUCGCCGCGCGAGGCUGGCGCGGUCAGCGAUGACGCCGCACCUGGCCCGGAACCGAUCGUCAACAUCGAGCAGGACCUGCAGCGGCUGCAGAUGUCGCGCCAGGACAACCCGUUCCUGCAGCGACUGCACAGCAGCCGAGAGGAGCUGCCAGACGAGGAUCAGACCGACGACAGCCAGCUGGUGGUCCAGGACCCGGCGUGUAACAAGGAGCUGGCGCUGGCCGAGAUCCACUCGCACCUGGUUCGCAGUCCGCCGCCCAUCGCCUGGCCCCGUUCGAUCAAGUUCGACUUCGGCGACAUACACGAGUCGGCGCGGAUUGUGGAGGUCGUACCAAGAUCGAACCUGCGUCCGCUCGCGUCAAAAGAGAGGGACGAGGUGAUGGACCAGUGCUUGCAGGAUAUACUGCAGACACAACGGUCGCUUCCGCUUCAAAAAGCAUCGACAGUUGACGAGACGUUCACGGGCCGGCUAAGCCCGUGCAGAAGUCCUCCCAAAGCGCCUCCCUCAGUCCGCUGCCUCAGCCCCAGACGAGGCCGGCUGGGUGUGGCGCUGGCCGGGGACCGUCCCAGCCGGCUGGGUGUGGCGCUGGCCGGGGGCCGCCAGGAGGGGUGA